CUCCUUUUCGUUGUGGCCUUAAAGUGUGUCCUUUGAAAUGGCAUCACAUCCCGCUUACGAUUACGAAGAUCGAAGUCAGAGAAUUCGACAUCGCGUUGGUACGACGUCCAGACCAGCUGACUCCACUGUCGCCUGUUCUAGUUCCCAAUACUACGUCGGACCAAGCAGUGACAUCAGCGAAGAGGAUCUGUCGGAACUGCCAUCUUGUGUUUACGCAGGUAGACCAACGCAACAUGUGACCCACGCACCUCAGCACACGCACUCGCCUUUGCAUUAUCACAUGCCGGUGUCAACGCCAGGUACACACAUUCAUUUAUCCAGUUUUCUUAUUUCAAGUAACCUCUGUGAUAAAGUGCAUUUUCAUCUGAAAAAUGUUGCACAAAAUCACAAUGACCCGGAUAUGAAUGGCGUGGAGGAAGGUUAUUAUCCCAACGGCAGCCCAUACAGAAUUCAGAGACACGCUGCAAAUAUUCGCGAAAGGAAACGUAUGCUGAGCAGCAUCAACUCCGCUUUCGACGAGCUCCGAGUUCACGUGCCGACAUUUCCUUAUGAGAAGCGAUUAUCAAAAAUCGACACGCUAAGACUAGCAAUAGCGUAUAUCGCGCUUCUCAGGGAAGUUUUAGCGGCAAGACUUGACCCUUUGACCUACGUCGAAAGGUGCCUUAGAGGUGAAAUAAGUGGAGAACGUGCCGAAUGGAACACCAGUGAUCUCACGGCACGACUAUCGUGGAUAAAUUGGGAAAAUCUCGGCGUUAAUCCAAAUCGACGAUCGGUACUGACCACCCUCGCCCUCACUACGGACAACAUGAAUUAAAGUCAAGUCUAUUCGUCAAGUUGUUCUCUUUCUUUGUAAAUACUUUCAAGCUGGAAUAGAGUGCCAAAGAUUUCGUAUAUUAAGUUCUAGUCUACGUGCAAUACGAGUAACGAUAUGUAUUUCGUAUUUAUUGUAUAGGGAGCCUAGCGUUAGUUAGUACGAAAUAGUAUUUUAUUUGGAAUAAGACAGAGAUUCCUGAAGCUGUGAGCAUUGCAUAUGAAUAUUGCCGUGUGUUUAAUUGGAUACGCGUGAAAGCACAAUAAACAUAUAUUGAUUAA